AUGCAGCACAACAUCUUCACCUCCAUUCGUAGCAUGAAAAUCAUGGACGGUUGCAAGGGCACGCAGGUCCACGCGCUGAAAUCCUCCGCCGCCGCCGAUCGGACUGCCGCCGACUCUGCCUGCGGCGUCAGUGCAGCUGAUAAAGCGCUGCACACUUCGCUCGACCAUUCAAAAACCCCAAACGGUCGAACCAAACCGGUCUCUACUACAGCUCCAAGACACGACGCCGUUGCGGAGACUCUUCUCCCGUGCGGGCUUCCCGCUUUGGAGCUUCUGGAACCUUCGAUUGAGCCUUCCUUGAAGCCCUUGGACUUUGUAGAAACCCUUGCCCGCGUUCAUCGCAGGGCUGAGAGUUGUGCGGCGCUCGAGAAAUCCGAGGUUUAUUUGGAGCAAUGCGUGGUGUUGCGUGGCCUGCCGGAUCCGAAGCUGUUCCGGCGGGGACUACGCGAGGCUCGGCGGCACGCGGCGGAGGUGCACGCGAAAGUUGUACUGGCUUCGUGGUUGAGGUAUGAGCGGAGAGAGGAUGAGCUUGUUGGAUCGAAUUCGAUGGAUUGCUGUGGACGAAACCUUGAAUGUCCCAAGGCUAGUUUGGUCCCCGGGUAUGAUCAUGAAUCGGUGUUUGAUCGUUGUUCGUGUUUUCGUAGAGAGAUAGUUAGUGAUUGUGUUGAUCAUAGUCAGGAAUGCGAACGAGAAUGCUCCAGUUCGAGUGAAUAUGUCGAUGGCAGUGGUGAUCAUGAUGCUGAUGCUGAUGAGAAUGACGUGUUAUUCUGCAUUGGUGAUAGUGAAGUUAGUUGCAGGAGGUACUCGAUGGCUGCACUCUCAAGGCCGUUUGAGACGAUGUUGUGUGGUGAAUUUGUCGAGUGUAGGAGAGAGAAGAUAAAUUUCUCUAUGAAUUCUGUUUCUGUUAAGGCAAUGAUGGCUGUUGAGGUUUUUAGUAGAACCAAGAGGCUUAGUCAGUUCCCUCCUAAUGUUAUUCUCGAGAUGCUUUCUUUUGCGAAUAAGUUUUGUUGUGAGGAGAUGAAGCAUGCUUGUGACACGCAUUUGGCAUCUCUGGUUCUGGACAUGGAUGAUGCGGUUUUGCUGAUUGAGUAUGGACUGGAGGAGACUGCACAUCUGCUGGUGGCGGCUUGCUUGCAGGUGUUUCUCAGGGAGCUUCCGGGUUCGUUGCAGCGAUGGAGUGUUAUGAAGCUGUUUUGUAGUCCAGAGGGUAGGGAUAGAUUGGCCCUUGCGGGGCACGUGUCGUUUGUGUUGUAUUAUUUUUUGAGUCAGGUUGCGAUGGAGGAGGAAAUGAAGUCUAACAUGACAGUGAUGCUCUUGGAAAGAUUGGGAGAGUGUGCGGCGGAGGGUUGGCAAAAGCAACUUGCAUAUCACCAAUUGGGAGUUGUUAUGUUUGAGAGAAAGGAAUACAAAGAUGCACGACAUUGGUUUGAGGCUGCUGUUGAGGCAGGACAUGUUUAUUCUUUAGUGGGUGUUGCAAGGGCCAAAUAUAAGCUCGGUGACAUGUAUUUAGCAUACAAGAUGGUAAACUCCCUUACAGAAAAUUAUAAACCAGUUGGUUGGAUGUAUCAAGAGAGGUCUUUGUAUUGCACAGGGAAGGAGAAAAUGGUGGACUUGGUCUCUGCAACUGAAUUGGAUCCAACUCUUUCUUUUCCAUACAAAUACAAAGCUGUUUCUUUGCUGGAGGAGAAUAAGAUUGGAGCUGCCAUUUCUGAAAUUGAUAAAAUAAUUGGUUUCAAGGUUUCUCCGGACUGCCUUGAGUUGAGAGCUUGGUUUUUGAUUGCUAUGAAGGAUUAUGAAGGAGCCCUAAGAGAUGUCAGGGCAAUUUUGACGCUGGAUCCAAAUUAUAUGAUGUUCUUUGGGAAUAUGCAUGGUGGUCACUUGGUAGAACUCCUCCGCCCUGUUGCUCAGCAGUGGAGCCAGGCUGAUUGCUGGAUGCAAUUGUACGACAGAUGGUCUUCUGUCGAUGAUAUUGGUUCUUUGGCUGUUGUACACAAAAUGUUGGAAAAUGACCCUGGGAAAAGUAUCUUACGCUUUCGGCAAUCGCUCCUUCUAUUACGGUUAAAUUCGCAGAAGGCAGCCAUGCGCAGUUUGCGUCUAGCUAGAAAUCAUUCAUGUUCAGCACAUGAAAGACUUGUCUAUGAAGGAUGGAUAUUGUAUGACACUGGCUAUCGUGAAGAAGCAUUGGCAAAAGCUGAGGAGUCCAUUUCCAUUCAAAGGUCAUUUGAAGCUUUCUUUCUCAAAGCUUAUGCCUUAGCUGACUCAAGUCUUGAUUCAGCGUCUUCAAAGUAUGUGAUCAGUCUCUUGGAGGAAGCUCUUAGAUGCCCCUCAGAUGGUCUUCGUAAAGGACAAGCGCUGAAUAAUUUGGGGAGUGUAUAUGUAGAUUGUGGCAAGUUGGACUAUGCCGCUGACUGCUACAAGCAUGCACUAAAUAUCAAGCAUACACGAGCACAUCAAGGGUUGGCACGCGUAUAUCAUCUCAAGGAUCAGCACAAAGAUGCAUAUGAUGAGAUGACAAAACUAAUAGCAAAGGCCAGGAAUAAUGCAUCUGCAUAUGAAAAACGUUCAGAAUAUUGUGAUCGUGACAUGGCAAAGAGUGAUCUUAGUUUGGCAACACAGUUGGAUCCCCUAAGGACUUAUCCUUACAGAUAUAGGGCAGCAGUUUUAAUGGAUGAUCAUAAGGAAGAUGAAGCAAUAGCAGAGCUUUCAAGGGCCAUUGAUUUUAAGCCAGAUUUGCAACUGUUACAUCUCCGAGCAGCAUUUCAUGAUUCAAUGGGUGAUUAUAUUUCUACCGUCCGAGACUGUGACGCGGCCCUUUGUCUUGAUCCUAGCCAUGCUGAGACGUUAGAGCUUUGUAACAAAGCACGGGAGCAAAUUAAUGAACAAAAAUGA